AUCCUUUACGCCUCAAUCUCUCUCUCCUCUGCUCCUCUUCUCCAGCCUCAGCCGGCAGAUUGGAGAGAUUUUCUUUUUCUCUUUCAGAAAAUAAAACACGCUUCGGCGUCUCGCGGGCAAUUUAUUCAGUGCAAAUAGCGGACAUAGCUGAGAGGCAGUGUAUUUUGCAAAGGUGCACGGAUGAACAAGCACGGACCGGUCCGGUGACUAAUUGCCAUAAGAAGGCUCACAAGUUCGCCGGCGAGUCAGGCACGUUUUAUUUCUCCGUAUUACCAUGUAGCCAGUGCCGCAGCGGGGAGAUAAUCGGGCGGAGGGAGCAGUUACAGAGAGGAGACAGAGGGAGAGAGAGAGAGAGCUGGCAGCACAUGAUCACGCAGGCUAUCCAGUCACUGAUCAACUGGAGCAUUCAUAAUUGCGCUGGCGACAACAUAUGGGAAUACAACAAGGCGAGAUUGUGGUCACACCUGCUUGUGGAGGACACCGGAGGACCCGUGCGGGAAAAGGGCGGCCAAAUCUGAGGGACUUUGCAUCAAACACAGCCGAGAGAAAGCGUGGCAUCCGAAGCACCAUCCGGUAGAGAACAGAUCUGAAGCCAGUGGUGACAACUAAUCGACAUCAAAGCUGAACAUUAAAACACAGAAGAAAGAGUUGUUCCUGAAAAAAGUGAGAACACACCCCUACGCAUCACUUCCUGCAUCAGCUUUCCAGAGUUUAUGGUCUAGAUGUUGAUAAACGCCAAAAAAGAUACAGUUUGCAGACUUUGAAGGAAUCGUGUUAGAAAGAGUGGUGCAAAUGGUGCUGCAGCACCUCCUUCCCUGGCAGCCCCACUUCAAAAAGGUGGAGGUCACAGGAUUCCAGCUCACCACAACGAUUUGAGGAUUAACAACAGACUUGGAAAAGUGAGACAGUGCAUAUGUUCACCAUAAUGGCACCUGUAGGUGUAGCUAAACUGCAGGCUCGGCUCUUCCUGCUGUUUCUUUGCUUGACACUACGUGCCGGCAUGCUUCAGUAUGCUACAGCCACAAUACAAGGGUACAUUGGAGACAGGGACAUGAUAUGCCCAUCUGUAUGCAGGUGCGAUGAGGACUUUAUCUACUGUAACGAUCGUGGCCUGAGCUCUAUCCCGUCACUGCCUCCUUCAGCAUCCGUCCUCUACCUUCAGAACAACCACAUCAACAACCCAGGCUUGCCCACCUCCUUGGAGCACCAUCUUGCCGUCCGUGUGGUCUACCUCUAUGAUAAUGAACUGGAUGAAUUCCCCAUGCACCUGCCACCAUCCGUCCGUGAACUGCAUUUGCAGGACAACAACAUACGCACCAUUCCUCGUAGUGCGCUGGCUCGGAUGCCCUUGCUAGAGAAGCUCCACUUGGAUGACAACUCUAUUUCCACUGUCAGCAUUGAGGACCAAGCCUUUGCUGACAACCCACGGUUGCGCCUUCUUUUCCUUUCACGCAACCACCUGUCUAGUAUUCCCUCAGGACUGCCUGCCUCUCUGGAAGAACUCCGUCUGGAUGACAAUAGAAUCUCCACUAUCCCAACCCAUGCCUUCCGAGGCCUCACCUCACUUAGAUGUCUUGUCCUGGAUGGGAACCUUUUGGCAAACCAGCGCAUUGCCGAUGACACAUUCUCCCGCCUUUCCAACUUGACCGAGUUGUCCCUAGUCCGUAACUCCCUCCAGACCCCACCUGUCAACCUGCCCAGUGCACAUCUGCAGCGCCUGUCUCUACAGGACAAUGCCCUGACUCAUAUGCCACGUGGUUCCUUGGAUGGCAUGCGCAGGCUGCAGAGGCUGGACCUGUCAGGAAACAACCUCACCACCCUGCCGAGGGGACUGUUCAAAGACCUGGACAGCCUGGGUCAGCUGCUGGUGCGAGGUAAUCCUUGGCACUGUGGCUGUAACCUGCGCUGGUUGUAUGACUGGCUACAUGCCCGUGGUAACUCCAUCACUGUCAGAGGUCUCACUUGCCAUGGGCCUGACAGGGUGCGAGACAUGGCCUUGACAGACCUGACUAGCGAGAUGGAGGAAUGUGAGGUGGUGAGGACAGCAGGGAACAGAGACAGAGUGGGUGGAGGUGGGGUCGAUAGCUCUACCACUCACACCCCUCCACAGGGCUCUCUCUUUACCCUCCGCUCAAAGCGACCUGGCCUUGGGCUUCCUGACUCUGGCUUAGACUAUACUCUUAGUAGCAGUGGUGUGGGGAAGAGCCUGGCCCUCAACGUGAAGCCUCUCUCUCACAACAGCGUCCGUGUUACUUGGAGUGUGGCCCAGCCCAGCUCCUCCUUCAGGCUGAGCUGGCUCCGACUGGGUACUGGGAAUGCCAUGGGAUCAAUCACAGAGACUCUGGUCCGGGGUGACCGUCGAGAGUACCUUCUUACCUCCCUGCAACCACACUCCAGCUACAUCAUCUGCAUGGUGCCCCUCUCUGCCAGUUCAGAAAGCAAAGGGGCAAUUUCUGGAGAUGCUGAUUCUGAUGAAGCUCUGGUGUGUGCUAAAGCUGAAACAUCAGACCUCAGCCCGUUGGAGGAGGAGGAGGAUGAAGACUUACAGCAGAUGACAGCGCUGCCCCUGGCAGGGAUUAUUGGUGGGGCUACUGCCAUUGUAUCUUUGGCUCUUAUUUUUGGCGUCUUCUGUUGGUAUGGACAUAGGACUGGGCAUUUGUGUCCCCGUGACCGCUAUACUCGCAGCAGCUCCCGAAAAAACAAGACCUAUGAUGAUUACAUUGAGUCAGGCACGAAGAAGGACAAUACCAUCUUGGAGAUUCGUGGUCCAGGGUUCCAGAUGACGCCUAUGGCAGCUUGCCAGCCAAUGCAGCCUAAACCCCUACGAGAGGAUUACAUCAUUCAUACCAUAUAUCCCUCCAAUGGCACUGGUCUGUACAAAGGCGCCAACCAUGUUUCUAAUGCAGGACAUGGCACCAACCGUGGCUAUAGAGAAGGAGGAAUCCCAGAUAUAGACUACUGUUACACAUGAUGUACUGAACCAGAUCCUGUUCACAGUGUUAUUGGUAAACUGUAUAGAUGCACAAUUUCCCUUCGCAUGGACACUUCUGAAGCACCCCUCUGUGCCUUCUUCUUCUGGUCUCCCAUUCCAAAUUACCUGCUGAACUGCACUGAAAGUACUGUAUGUGAUUAACUGGAACUAAAACCGUAUGGGAACAGUUCACUGCAGGAAGCAACAGCCAGUGCCCCAGGUGUAAAUGCACAGCUGACUGUUUCUUCACCAUCUUAGUAAUGGCCUGUGUAUGUUUUCUUUUCUGCUCUUUCCCUGUGACUUGUAAGUAAAGAAUGUAUACACUGUGGAAAGGUCAACCUUAGUGUAGGUCCAGGUAGAGUUCCUCUUUCACACACAGGAGCCACAGCAGUCAAUUCAAAAUGGAUUAAGAAACGAUGAGAAACUCACAUUUUUGGUACUCUUUUCCUGCUCACCGGUCAUACACAGUAUGUAGUCUUAUCAACUCAUUGUUCCAAAUGCCUCAACUAUAUUGAUGUGCCCUACCAGCUAUCCAAGGAAAGGGCUUUGUAAAGCUGUGAAUUGUUCUAUUUCAAACGACCCAAUAACCACGUGUCUUAAAGUAGGCUUGUUAUUACCUUAUUCAGUAGAGUGAAGAUCUUAUCAGGGCUGGUCAGCCUUGGUAAUACCUCUCGAGAUCAUUCACCUAAGAUCAGUAUUGUAGUGUUGCAUCAGAUGAGAUGCAACACAAGCGUGUAGAUAAUAUACUAGGAUACCGACUGGGCUGUGUUUGAAAAAUGCUUUGCUAUUUUUAUCAGUGGUUUGUUUAGUAAUCAAAUCCUGCACAGCUCUCUUUAUUUAUUUAUUUUGUUCCUCAUGUGAUGGUUUUUGUCUCUGCUAAAAUAGCUGUUUUUAAUUUUCACCCUCAUGUCAUUACUGAUGAAACCCAGCUUUGAUGAAGACAGUGGAUUUGUUUCAUCCAAACAACAAAAUACAAGAAGAAAAUAUCCUGAUGGCUAUCUCCAAGUUCAUGUUUUCUUAAAUGCAGCAGAAUGAAUUCUUGAGUGAGACUUUUUAUAAUAUGUCAUUUGAAAAUUUGACCCCACCCAAAGACUAGCAUGUCAGUCCACUGAGACGAUAGAGAUCAACCUCAAUCCCUCUUUUCCCAUUUAUUGCCUGUGUGUUUAACCUGUGACUCCAGUUGGUAACUAUUGGUUACAAAAUGUUUCCUCCACAUUCUUAAAGCGAUGACGGCGUUCACAGAGAAUCCAGACUGGACAAAAUACUAAUGUGGACCCUCCUGUGUGAGGCAGACUUUUGUGAGUGAACCUUGAAAUGAGGGCGAGAACUGUGAGUGAAACUGAGGAGACUCAAACCGCAACACUGUUGACCUGCACUGUGGAGCAGCGGCCAAGCUGUGGGUGGGUGGAUGGACUGGUGGGGGAGUUUGGAGGUGGGGGGACUCCUCAGUGAGGUGAGUUCAUUGAUGUUUGUUUUAGCAAUGGUAAAAGGCCUCCACUCAUUCCACCUCUUUUAUUACUGAGCAGCACUAAAAAUGUAAAUGUAUUAGCACUUAGCAGAGAACAGGGAUAAAUGUAAUGACAGGCACGGGGAGACGGAGGGUAAAGAAACAUCUCCAGGCACUGAGAAAGAUGCUGAAUUGAUGGCUCUGGCACGGUGGAGUUCACUCAUGCAUAAAUCUGUUUGUCAUACUCAGCUUCUCCCCUUGGGUUUAAUAUUGUCCAUCAGUUGUUUACCACUGUGUUGCUUUCAAAGGGGAAACCAAUUGUGCUUCCUUGACUGUUCUGUCCGCUAGAGCUUUACGCUGGUGUCAGACAAUAUGUCAGUGGAAUGUAUAUUUUAUCUUGCACCCAAAAUCACUGGCUUAAACAAAUAACAUCUUACAGGCCUGGUUAAGUCUGUUUUGGGGAAUGUUGAUAUAGUGUAAUUGCUGUUUUACAGUGAGUCUAUUCAAAACACAUACUUCCUCAUUAUUUGUAUAAAUAAAACCAUGGCCACAGCCACAUGAAUAUUUUUUCUGGUGAAACUAUAGAAAGUAAUGGUGCCAUAACUUUGCGUAAAAAAUUAUGUGAACCUGAGAUAUGUGUGGAAUUUGCUUUAUAAAUUCAUCUUCAGAGGGGAUCAAUAAAAAGUUUUAUAAUCUUGUUA